AUGUCACGCUCGCAGUACGGCCGUCAUUCCAGCAGCGACCUCGCCUACGGAGACGAACCCCAGGCCCAACGAUGGGACCGUGACCGCUUCGAACGCUACUCACGCAGAGCCCCUGCCCCUGUCGAAGAACGCGAGACUUUUCGAUUCACCGAACAUGACCGUCCGGGUCGCCAAGAUAUCCGCAUAGAGGAGAGAAUCGACAGAGGUCCGCCUCCACGACGUGAACGAGACGUCUUCGCCGAGGACUCGUACGGCCCUGCUGCCAGACUCCGUCGCUCAGACCGUGAACUCUUUGGUGAUAGAGACCCUCGCGAGCUUGCCGAUCUCCAGCUCGCUCCCUACAGAAGGAAAUCAAUCAUCGACCGCGACUUUGAGUUCCGCGAGACCAGAAAUGUCCCAAGACCAGGUCUACAGAGAAGACAGAGCAGUCUCGACACAUUCGACCGCCGACCGCUUCGCCGACACGAGCAAGACGAGUACCGCAUCCCUCCUGGCGUUCCGAUCCCUCUGCCCCGUCGUCGCUCCCNNCCCUCACGUGGGCCCCCUGGUGGCUGGUACGAGGAGGAAUAUGAAGAUGUGAGACGUCGGGAUUACUCCCCUCAGGACUCGUACCGCGAUAUGGAGAUUAUACGAGAGAAGAGCGUUCACCGUAGGCGUGGCAACCGUGACCGGGCAAGGAGCGAUGCACGUAGUUCGACCACCAAGCGCAGUGGAAGAACCGCGCGCAGCUCUAGCAGCAGCAGCAGUAGCAAGAGCAGUUUUACCGAAGUCAGUCGACACAGCAGACACGGCAGCCCUAGCCCACCAAAGAUUGGCAAGAAGGGAAAGACUCGCAUGCCCAAGCGGCUGGUACGCAAGGAGGCCAUCAUCAAUCUGGGCUAUCCUUUUGAGGAGGAGGUGAGACUCUAUCGACAUCUGAUAAUCCCUUCUGAGCUAACGAGAAUUAGGNAGGACUUCAUCAUCGUGCAGAGAGCUCUGGACAAGGAUCACAUUGACGAGGUGAUCCGCAUCAGCGAGCAGUACAAAGAGCCGAAAACCAAGACGUACCGCUACGACGACCCCUCCGCACCCGAGGAACAUUUCGAGCACCUCAAGACCGAAUGGAUCAACCCUCCCAGUGUUCGCGCUCCUUCUCCAGCUCGCUCUGCCCGUACUCGUCGUAGCUCUCCAGCUCGUACAGUCCGUCAACCAUCGCCCGCCCCUCCACCGCAGCCGCAAACCAUCUACAUACGGGAUCCUGCACCGCCACCUCCUCCAACUCCCAUCUAUAUCAGAGAGCAAGCUCCUGCACCACCUCCUGCUCCCAUCUACAUUCACGAGCCAGCUCGACCUGCCCCGCCCCAACAGCAACCCAUGACUAUCGUACUGCCCGAGCGCCGCCGUGAACACAGUCGUGAUGUCCAUGCCGAAGUUCGCGCUCUGGAAGCCGAAGCCCGCGCUCUGCGUCUCGAACGCGAAGCUCAGCACCAUCAUGGCCAAAUCAUUCUUGCCCAGCCGCAACAAAGUGGCUACGAGAUGGUCGAGUACAGAGAACGUCGCCCCGACCGAGAAAUCGUCGAAUAUGUUGAGCGAGACAGGAGUCCCAAAAGAGACGUCAUUCGCGUGGAAAAGGAUCGGAAAGCGGCAGACAAGGAGAGACGGCAGGCUAGGAAGAUUGCCAUGAUGAUGGCGACGCUUUCUUGA